AGGGAACCCCACGGGAUUUUCGGUGCUUACAUUUAAGCUGGUCCCACUGGCUCCUCCUCCCUCCUCUUCUCCUCUCCUCUCCUCCUCUGCUCCUCCGUCUCCAGUGAGCUCCUCCAGUGAAACGCGCUUCGACAGAGGGACUUCAACCGAGCAGCGCCACCUUCUCUGUGCUUCUCUGGAGCUCUGGAGGAGGCCGCCUAGCUGACUGGAAUCAGGGGGACUGGACAGGCUGAGAGGCUGGGGUCCGACCGAUCUGCUUUUCUCCACCCUAGCCAGCAAGUGAGAGCAGAGAAGGAGUUGGGAGGGGGGGGGCCUCUUUGCUCAGUGUGUCGGGUGUGAGUUUGAACCAGGGAUACUGUGCUGUAAAAGCUGAAGCUCAAGUUCCUCUCAAGUUCCCUCCUGACAAAAGGAGGUCCUUGACGCUGGAGAUUUGAGGCAUAUAUUUGGGGUUGUUUUGGUUCUCUUUUUGUCUGUGCGUGCUUGUGUUUCCACGGUUACCUACAGCCAAAGACUGAGAGAGGCCGGUAGAGUCAACUGCACUGCUGACAACCAACUCAAAUGAAUGCCAACAGUAUGCCUAAGCAAGUGGAGGUAAGGAUGCACGAGAGCCACUUGGAGCCCAUCGAGGCUGCCCCGCAGUCCAAAUGCGGCCGUUUGUGCGGGAAGCUCUUCAAGAACCUGCUGCUCACACUCACAGUGCUGGGUGUGAUCCUGGGUGCCGUCUCUGGAAUGCUUCUACGCGUGGCCUCGCCAAUUAAUCCGGACAUUGUCAUGGUGAUCGCCUUCCCUGGUGAUAUCCUGAUGAGGAUGUUGAAGAUGCUCAUCCUCCCCCUCAUCAUCUCCAGUUUGAUCACAGGACUGGCUGGUUUGGAUGCUAAAUCCAGUGGCCGUCUGGGCACCAGGGCCAUGGUCUACUACAUGUCCACCACCGUCAUCGCUGCUGUCCUGGGUGUGAUCUUGGUGCUGGUCAUCCAUCCUGGAAACCCCAAGAUGAAGGAGCAGCUGGGAGAAGGCCAUGUCCAUGAUGAGGUCUCCAGCCUGGACGCCUUCUUUGACCUCAUCAGGAACCUGUUUCCUGAGAAUCUGGUCCAAGCUUGCUUCCAGCAGAUCCAGACAGUUGUGAAAAAGGAGGAAGUCAUCGCAGCCGAGGUGAACAGCACACUGGAAGACCUCCUCACCAAUGCCACCAAGCAGCCACCCGUUUUCAUCACCAAAAAGUCACUGCAGUUUAAGAGUGGGAUGAACGUGCUGGGCCUGAUUGGCUUCUUCAUCGCCUUUGGGAUCUGCAUGGGAAAGAUGGGUGAGAGGGCCCGCCUCAUGCUUGAGUUCUUCAACAUCCUGAACGAGAUUGUUAUGAAGCUGGUCCUCAUGAUCAUGUGGUACUCUCCCCUCGGUAUCGCCUGCCUGAUCUGUGGCAAGAUCAUUUCCAUCAAUGAUCUGGAGGUGGUUGCAAGGCAGCUGGGGAUGUACAUGGUGACGGUCAUCGUCGGCCUCAUCAUCCAUGGAGCCAUCUUUCUGCCCUGCAUUUACUUUGCCAUCGUGAGGAAAAACCCCUUCACUUUCUUCAUGGGCAUCUUUCAGGCUUGGAUCACGGCUCUGGGAACUGCCUCCAGUGCUGGAACUCUGCCAGUUACCUUCCGUUGCCUUGAGGAGAACCUGGGCAUUGAUAAGAGAGUGACCCGUUUCGUCCUUCCUGUCGGUGCCACCAUCAACAUGGACGGCACUGCCCUCUAUGAGGCUGUGGCCGCCAUCUUCAUUGCCCAGAUGAACGGCAUCCACCUUGACCCUGGCCAGAUUGUCACCGUCAGUCUCACUGCCACCCUGGCCAGUGUAGGGGCGGCCAGUAUCCCCAGUGCUGGGCUUGUGACCAUGCUGCUGAUCCUGACAGCUGUUGGUCUACCCACUCAGGACAUCAGCCUGCUGGUAGCAGUCGACUGGCUGCUGGAUCGCUUCCGUACCUCAGUAAACGUAGUCGGCGACUCCUUUGGUGCCGGGAUCGUGUACCACAUGUCCAAGGCGGAGCUUGAUGCCCUCGAUGCCCAGCAGCAUGGCAAGUCGGACGACAUCGAGAUGAUGACCAAGACCCCGUCCUACUACGACGACCUCAAGAACCACCACGAAAACAACUCCAACCAGUGCGUGUAUGCCGCUCACAAUUCAGUACUGGUAGAUGAAUGCAAGGUAACCUCGGCCACAAACGGUUCAACUGCUGCGGAGUACACACUUGUUGAGGAGGAACCGUGGAAAAAAGAAUAAUGCAAGCACACACAUCCCCAGCACCUGAGCCCACAAGCUUUCCUAUUGGGUGAAAAAAAGAAAAUGGAAAAAAAUGUUCAAUUCAAAUGGAAAAAGUACUGUUUUUAUUUUAGUUUUACUGUUGUUGAUGUUGUUCUUCUUCUUAUUGUUGUUGAUGAUGAUGAUGUUUCUUUUUUUUAAUAUUCCCCUUUUUUAAAAAAAGAAUAUUUAACAAAUCAUCUGGCUGACUGAAAACUAAUACUAAUUCUGAAACAGAGAUAUUAAUACUCCAUCUGAUAGAGUUCUAAUGUAUGCGCGGUAGCUAACUCUUGCACAAUGGACAUCAAGGCUUGGGAGGGUUAAGUAAGGGAAGAAAAAAAGAAAUAUCAAAUAUCUACCUUAAAUUAUUCACAAAUAUAAUAUAUAUGCAUACUGUAGAUGUGGUUGCUGUGACAGCAUGUCGGUGAGGGGGAGAGAGAGUCCAAGGUGAGGGGGAAGCAUCUGCCGAAUCCCCAUAGCCCCACCCCACUCUGACCUUUGACCCCUUGUUACAUGUUGGGUGAACAAGUAAUAGCCUGCUGCUUAGAGAGAGAUCUGCGCCCUUUGGCCGCUUAAGGCCUUUACCUCAUCACACAAACACAUACACCUACAGUACACUCUCUCUCACACACACACUCGACAAGAGUGAACAGGCUGAUGAACUGAUGAAUAAGCAACCCCACCCUGUAGAGUCCCACUUCAUCUUCUCUCCUCUCCCUGGACUUUAUCUCCAAACCUGGAAACAGCUACCCACCCCCCCACCCCCUCUCUCCAGGAUUACCUCUCUCCACACUUCUCUCCUCACCUCUCCUCUCUUUCCACCUCUUUAGUCCUCAGGUCAUCUCCUCUCCUCCUUCUGGUCUGUUCUUCUGUCCCUUCUUCUUCUUCUCUUAAUGACCCCCCCUUCUAGGCUGUGUGUUGCCAGAGGGAUUAGUGGUGUUUGUGAAACUAGAGUGAAUACAGAUGCAAAUCUUAACUGUGUAGAUAUUAUGACCUAUGAGAAUGAUGAUGUAGGCUGUGGCAUGUUGGCCUUAGAUGCAUGUUUUGGGACCAAGCAAGAGCACAAAUGGUCUACUGUAUAUACCCUUCCAAGUCAAAAAACACUGGGGAAAAAAACUUUUAGAGGGAUUACCUUAUGAUUCAAGCACAAUCUUUUGGCUGUUUACUGCUGAUAAAGCACAUUCUCUCCUCCAAUUUGAAGGCAGUUGCGCCUUUCCUAAUCAGAAUGCUGACCACUGCCUAAGACUGUAAGUACAGUUAGUUAGAACAGAGACUAGAUCACAUCAAAAGUGCCAAUUGCUUUAGUUGCUGGUUUUGUGAAGGUCGCAGAGGGCACACAGUAUUUUUCUGUAACCUCAAAAAGUGACAUCUUCAAUGUUCUUUUUUUCUCCCACUGACAUGCUGGGCAGAGAAACAAUGUGUGCUCCAAACAAAACAUAAAUCUCUGAGCCAAAAUUGUUUAGACCAUAAACACGAUCCCAGAGGAUCCUGAGCUCCAGCUGGUGGUGAGGAAUACCUACACUCUGAAACCCACAGAUGUGCUGCUCUCACCAGCUGUUUAUUCAGUCUUACAAUUGCCAAAAUGCCUAUUGUCUUUAUAUAUUCAUGCAUAUGUAAUGCAGCUUACAUGACAUUUAAUAUAUUGACUGUUUACAGACCAUUAAACAUUUAUUUAACUAAAUAUAUUGUAAGGGAAAAAAAGACAACAACUUUUUAAAAUGGAGAUAUGAAAAGCACACAGGACAGGGUCUUGUCAAGGGUAGCAUUCCACUAUCAUUUCCUUGAGAUCUUUUCCUUUUAAAGCACACAAAGGUUAGACUUGAAAAUAACUGUAUGCUAGAGCUGCUGUAUAGUUACACAGAACCAAUUAAUAUCGCACAAAUAUUGAGCUGACAAAAAAUAUACACCUCAAGUGAAAGAGGCCAUUUUUACACGCACCGUACAGAUUCUCCAUGAGGGUAUCUAUCCUCAAAUUCUUGAGCCUUGAACUUCAUUCCUCGACUGUUCUCACCGCCCCACAAUGCUGCAGCAUACCGGCUACACUCACGUCAGCGUCGGCCAGAUCAGGGAGCCCAAAUCGGCUGAGCUGUCAACUCAAGCUCUUGCCACGGAAAAGUCUUUCCCUCUCAAGGAACCAAAUGGUGAAAGAUUUGACAUACAUACAUACAUACAUACAUACGCACACAUACUGCUAUAUAAUAACACUGGGUAAAUUUGAAUGCUGCGCAGAGACUUAUCUGAACAAUCUCAAGGUACGGAUUUGGUUUGAUGUUCUGUGUAGCCUAUGUUUUUCAUUUCGUUUUUUCUCUGCGCUCACUCGUCCUUGUUCGUCUCUGCUCUGUGACGACCUUGCCUUGAAAUUGUUUAACCACUGUAUGGUCGAGGCAUCUCUAGAUCACACUUUUAACAGUAGUAGCCUAAAGUCUAACAUUGUCUUUGAGGAGUCGGGGAGUGUUAUCACCCUCCCCUCUCCAGUGCUCCCCUCACUCUCUGAGCCUCUCUGAAGGAGGGCUCGGGAGGCACAAUUAUCCACACGUAUUUCUGGGCGUUCUUGCCGUGUAGAUACUGUACCGGUAACCGAGUGACCACCAGAUCUUUACGGCACCCUUAGUGGACGCAAGUCUCGUGAGUGUGAAUAUGAGCGUGCUAACAGCAGCCGCCAUUUAGACGAGGGCCAGUAUAACGCUCACUCAAGCCCUGUGUGUUUAUUGACAAACCGGGGCGACGCAAUAGGCCACUGAGAUGAUCUCACCAGUGUAGAUGCAUGGACCUUUUUUUCGUUCUGUUCUCUUUUUGGACCAGUUUUCUGAGAAGCAUGGAAUUGAAGUGCCUCCUUGCACUUUGUGUACAUAUUGUAGGUAACUGAUUUUAUUUUUCGGCGAGGGGACAUGUAGAAAUAGUUUAUAAUUGAUGUGACAUUUUUUGUAAUCCUAUAGGAAUAUAUAUCUUGUAUGUUCUUCAGAAAAUUGAAAUAAAUAGAUCAGAAGUGUAUAGAUCAGAAAGUGUAAUAAACACCUGUUUUUGUUUUAUUUCAUUUUACAUCUCUGUUCCUAGAUGUUUCACUUAGCUGUUACAUAUCCAAUAUAUAAAUAUCUUUUUUGUAUCUAAUGAAUGUUUUGAAUGUUUGGUCCCUUGAAGAUAAAAUGUUGUGUGUGCAUUCAUUUUCAUUGUACAUAAAUAUAUAUAUGACUUGCUCUGCUGAAUUUCAAUGCAGAAUGUUCUGGAAUUCGGGCAUGACUCAAUCAAAAAACUAAACCAAUUGGAAGACAGAAAACACAUUGCAUAGUGCAGUUGCACUUGUUGUCCAUUUGGAGUGAUCUUACUUCGCUUGUGGAAUGUGGUUAUUAUCCUGUUAUGUGCCAGCUCUUAAGUACAGAUGUCGAAGAUUAAAAUUUAUACGCUGUGUACAUAAAACAGAAAUAAAAAAACGUCACUACUGUUGUCCGUUCUGAGUAAAUACUAACCAGAACCACUGAGAAGAGCUUGUCAAACUGUGAGCCCAUCUCCUAAAGAAUUCACAGAGUGCAGCUCACUAUGGUAGAUAACAAGUAGGCCUACAUGACCUAUCUAAAAAUCACCCCACAAUGUGUCAGCAGUUCAAAUCAUAAGGGCAUGCUUGUUUGUUUUUUUCCGCAAGCAUGAACUGUCACACAUACUCAGCUACUCUUCGGGCCUAACAUUUAAGCAGGAUGGAGAUAUUCUUGCGAAGAGUUGACCUAGAGUCGAUCAAAGAGCAUAUAAACUUUUACAGGAACACAAAAAGUCAGCAGUUCUAAAAUUCCCCUUCUGCCACCCCACGUGUUUUGGUAUCUGCCAGUUCUCACCAGGGUCAGGCCGAAAAACAGAGCUUCACACCGUUAAAAGACAAUUGGAAUUUUAGGGCAUAUGACCAAAAACAAGGGCCAGUAAGAAAACCAAUUAAGGACAUGCUGUUUGACCCGUUGAGUUAGCCUGCUAACCUGCCUGACCUCGACCCCCAUCUCUGUGUCCUGUGCAGACCUCCCCUCCGAUACAAGUCCUCUGUGUGAAGCCACUCUCAUCAUUUUCAUCCCUGUUGAAAAUGACUGGGUUGGGACAGAGUAGAAAAGAAAUGUGUAAACAAGCACAAUAUAAUAAUUAAAAAAAGAAACAACUACAGUUUUUUUUUCUUUACCAGACCUGUGGUAUAAAAUUCCAUGUUCAUACAUAUCAGUAUGUGUUGUACCACUGGUGUACAUACAGCUAUGAUAACUAAUAAAUGUUGAUUCAACUAA